GCGCGAAGGACCGCGGCGGAAGCGAGUGGCCGGCGCGUGGAGUUAAGCUGAGGUACCGAGUGGGAGCUCGCGCGCGACAGUGAAGCGCUUGUGGCCCAGCGGGUGCAGCUCCUCUGGUUUCGUUUAAAUUGGGAUAAGGGCGGCGGGUACCGUCCUGGACUGCAAGUCGCUUCAUUUCGUUGCGUGGUGGGCGUUAAAUGUGCGGGGCUCUUCCACCUCGUGGGGGAUUAAACGGGUGUCUCGGGGAGAAGAAAGCUGGGCUCAGCCGAAGGGCUGGUUUCCUACACGCAAGGAGACCUCCUUUUUACUUGGGGGAGCGUCCUCCCCUGCUGCCUGAAGCAGGCGAGUCUGGGAUUCUGCCCGUGUUGAUGUUGCAUUUUGAAUCCUCUGCUGUUAUUACUACGUGGACACCUAACAAGUGCCAUCCAUUUACGUGGCAUGUUUCCCACUGUAUACAUUAAUAUAUGUAUACAUUAAUAUAUGAACCACACGGAACGUGGCAGCAUCUGCUUCCUGGACUUGGAGGUGAAGAAAAGGCAGUUUUUCAAGUAAUCAGUGCGACCACCGACAUCUUAUGUGUUUCCUUCACUUAAAGCACUACAGCAAGCAGUGAACUUCUGACUAUCCUGUGUGUGUUGAGGGCUUUUUUGAAGAAAAGGUUGUGGGGAAGACAGAGGUGCAUAAAAUAAUGUUUGAUGUAGAUAAAGUGGACAGAAAGAUGUACCUCCCCUUUCAUAAUAGCUAAAACUUUAGGUCAUCAAAAGAAGAUAAAUGCUGCUAUAACGGAAAGAAAAGCUUGUAAUGUUCCCCCAUCUCUGUGCUAAUAUGUCCACAGGCAACUUUGAACUGGGGCUGUAGUAUGAGGGAAAUGGUUGGACUCCUUCCUGUGCCCUGACCCUAAUCCAUCUCUCUCUCUUUUUCCCUCCCACCCUCACAUCUGCUUCUAGAAGCAGAAAAUUACAUUGAGAGAUUAGCCAUGACUCUCCAACGACAUCGGCCCUAGGAGGUAGUUCAGGGGUAGCCAAAUUUUUGGACUAAAACUCCCAUCAUCCCUAGCCAUUGGCCAUGUUGUCUGAGUAUGAUGGGAAUUGUAGCUCCCCAAAACGGAGGGCACCACAUUGGCUACCACUGAACUAGUUCACAUAGAAAUAUGAAUAACUUGUGCUUUGAAAUGCUAAUGUAAUAUUCAAAGUGGGAACUCACAGAUCUUACUUUAGGGAUAUUUGUGCUCCAUAGUUUGUUUCAGUUUAUUAUUUGUGACCUUUCAGAUAAUGUUGGACUGCAGCUCCCAUCAUUGACAAAGACUGGUUGGGACUGAUGGGAGCUGACGUUCAACAAUGUGUUGUGGGCCUUUUACAUCAACCUUAGCACAGUCCACUACCAAAAUAAUACAUCUUAACCCCUUAGUCAACAUCUUCGCCCUUAGUAAAUGAUGAAGUAGGUUCUUGCUUGAAAAAUGAAUCUCACAACCAACAUUCUAAGAUGCAAUUCUGUGUUCUUGCACACUUCUCAUUUAUUUCAGUUUCUGUUACUCAGAAGGAUUUCCUAGUGAUAAUAUCUUUGUCUUUAUGCCAUAGUAGUUUAAUAUGACUACUGUUUUUACAAAGGAGGAAAUAGAUGUUCAAAUGGUUUCCAAAUGGAUAUUGUGAAAAUUAGAUAAUUAGGGAAAUAAAAAGAUGCUUUAUACCUACUCAGACCACUGAUCUAUCUAGUUCAAGAUUGUCACUACAGUGACUAGCAGCAGCCCUCUAAUGUUUCAAACAGGGUUUUCCCCCCAAGUCCUAUCAGGAGAUGUUGGGGUUGAACCUGGGACUUUUUGCAUGCAAAGCAUGUUCUUUAUUAUUGAACUAUCCCUGCACAUAGUUGCAAGUAUUGCAUGAUAAAUAUGCCUGUGUGAAUUUGCUACUCUUUUUCAGUUGUGUUAAUGAAGAUGAAAUUUUGCCUCUCCAAAGUAGUUGGUGGCUGUCGUCUUGGCACGCUGACAAAUCUUGGCAGGAAAGGGAUUCAAUCUAUGGAGAUUCCAGGUUGUCUGCUUUACACCAAAAUGGGAUCAGCACCACACCUGACACAUGACAAUCUACAGUUGGUCCGAGAUAUUCCUGUAGUUAUACAACUUCCACUUCCAGCAUUGUGAGUGCAUUUUUCUUCUGGUAAAAUUUGGAUCUAUGUCAUUUAGGCCUUUAUGUGUAAAACAGCACCUUAAAUUGUGCUCGUCCAGCUGUAUGAGGGCCAAGGCAGACUAUCCAUCACUAGAUCAUGUUUCUUUUGUAGUGUAUCUUUGAUUGCAUAAUGUUGUUGUUUUUUGUCUUUGCAAAUGUGAUAGAAUCGGAUUCCAACAGGGCAAUCUUGUACAUAUCUAAGCUGUAGUAAACAUUGAACUCUCUAGGACUCUAUAGAUAAGUGUGUCUUUAGGAUUGCAACCUCAGACAUGAAUGACACAAUGACUUUUAAGUCUUUGGGCAAUAUUGCAUGACCAGUUAUUGGUUACUUAAAAGCUGAUUAUGUAUCACCUCUAACCACCUGACAGCAGGAAGCUUAUUCGCUGUGACCCUGUAUGAGUCAACUUGCUGAAUAGCUAAUCAACUUCUGAUCCACUUUCUGGCCUUGACUGUGGCUUGAGACUGCCCUUUUAUUUGCAACUAAGGCAUCUCUCCAGUCAAUCACUGAGUGGAAUUUUCUCCCUUCCUCCCAGUCAGGCCGCUACUUUGGUUAAAUGAAAUGAGAAAGAAUGUCCACUGACUUGACCGGUCAAAUCCUACGAUUUUUCAAUCUCAUUUCUAUAUAUAAAGAGAAAACCUCAUUUCCAGAGCUAUCUCUGUUUUAAGACGAUGUGAUGUAACAGUUAAACAGUCAGUCACCUGUUGGUGUUUUGUGGAUAUCUUGUAUAGACAGUUUAUAUGCAGUUAACAUUUUAUAUUCAGUAGUGUGAGUUCCCUUAUAUACUCAUUUAAAGCAAAACUUUACUUCAGUCAUAGAAUUCUAAAAAUGAUUUAUUCACAGGACUGAAAAGGGUUUUCCCCAGUGGUCUAAUUUGUUUCUCUGUUUGGUUGCAGGGUAGAACUUCAUGAGGUCUUGGCGGAAUACAAGGAAGGAACUGGAAAGUUCAUAGGUAAUAGUAUUACCGUAAUACAGUGGGACGCUGGAAGAUGGAAUGUAAUAUGCAGUACAGUAUUGGAAAUUGUAUUUGAAGUUGGAUGGAAUGUAUUUGAUUUAGGCAAGGAUCACCAACACAGCAUGUACAAAUGGCAGUGUGCCAUCAGUACCUCCUAUGGCACCCAUGAAAGGUUUUAGUAAAUAUCCCCUCAUAAAUCCACAAUGCACAAAGACUGAUGUGCCUGCUCAGUUCCUGUUUGCACUGGCUCAACCUUUCCUACAUUGGGCAUGCCGUGUUAAACAUACCCACAUUUCAUCGGACACCCACCCACCAGUUCUGAAUAAAGGAGAUGUGCAAAGAUCUCUCUAUGAGCAAACCAUGGUGAUGGUUGAUGUAGGUGCCUUUUCCCCAUUGGUGGGACAGCUGUUGGAGAGGGCAUGCUUUUACCAUUUCGUGGCCCUAGCACUUUUCGAUAAUGGCAGAUAUGUUGUGCCCGACUCCCACAACAGCCAUUUUGUGACUGGCAUGCAUGGCACUUUGUCAAAAUUACACAUGUGCCCACUAAUCCAGAAAGUUUGGCAACCCCUGGAUUAAGGCAUAAUAGUCCUGUAAGCCACUGACGAGCAGAGACUAGAUUGCACUGUGCCUUUAUAUUCCACGAUAUUGAUGCUCGCAAGUUAUAGCUAUAUGUUUGUAUAAGGAGCUUAUUGCAGGCAGAAUCAGUGUUGCACAUGAGUGCAAACCCAGUUUGCUAUUGUUUGUUUAUGUGUUCACACAUUGGUCAACUGAUUUUCUAUAUGUUGGCCACUGCAACUGGUCAACCUGCCAGGAAGUGAGGACACUAUGAAAUAGAUUUUAAAGCACUAUAUACACCAAAAGGUUUCUCGGAAUCAUAAGUCAGAUUGAAUUAAUAAUAUCAGUUUAGCAGUCAUGGAAUAUGAAAACAUUGUGUAUCUGGGGAGUUUUGAAUGUGCUGCCAUCAUAUCUUUAGUCAACUACAAGGAUAAAACCCCUGACUUUCUUUUUGUAGAACGUCUAAGACUUUUUAAAUGGUUUUUAAAGCUGUCUAAUAAUACCUUAUGCAGCAUGUUGAUCACUGAUCCGCCUUUAGCAUAUAUUUAAUUUGAUAGAAAGCCCAGGAGUGUUUUGUAAGGCAUUAAAGUUAGGUAGCAAAGCCUGACAGAAUUGCAGUUAAGCUGGGAAUCUUAAUUGCCCUACACUUCAAGAAGGAUCUUUAGCCAGAAGGACCUCUCUCAGAAAGUUCUGGCAAACUCUGCUCAUUGUUAUAUUAAAAAUGUUUGAAAGCAAUCAGCGGUGCACUUAGGUAUCUUUAGAUUCUGGGCUUACUGAGCUUAUCCCCUUCCCCCCUUUAGAUGGCAACAUGCAUAGCUUUAUUUAUAUCAAAAUGUUGUAGGCCAGCCCCACUGUCUUUGGGGGCCUUCAUACUUGUUCUUUUGAGUGGGGAUCUGGACUGCUGCACCAAAGCCCUGCCCUCACAUCACCGCUGAAAGCAAUAAAUGAGCUACACUUUGAGGCUGUACUUUAGCUUUCACUCUCUUCUUGUUGCAGCAGUUCACUCUUUUAUUUUUAUGUUUGUUAUCCUUUAAAACUCUGUUCUGGGCUGGGGGUGGUUUUAUCGCCAAGGAGGCUCAAGGGUCAGGUCCCCUGAGGAUAUCUGCGUAGAAGACGAGCAAGUCAGCUGUCAUUUUGUCAGCACAGUAUUAACUGCAAGGAACAUUAAUCAAAUCAAAAUCCAGAGCCUACAUGCCACUAUGAAGUUGAGCUUUUGUAGCUGCCACUUCCCCUCCCUUUCUCUCCUGGAAGGUGAACAGAGCUGGUCAGGAGAAUAUUAUAGUAUCUGGGGAAAUGAAUUGUCUGUUGUUUUUCUAUUCAGAAAUGAUAAGUUAUAUAUACUCACAGUUGCUUAUAAGCGAUGUACAGUAUUCAAAAGUUAUCAGUGCAGGUUUCAUAGUUUGUAUAUUAAAAGGUAAUUUAUUUUUUUUAACCAUACAUAGGCAUGCCAGAUUCAGUGCUAUACUGUUCCCUCCAUGACCCAGUAAUCUGCUCCCCACCUGGUUACAACAACUGCAAGGUAUGGUAGACACAAGAACUUUCUGACAUUUCAGUACUUAAAUGAGCAUAACAAGAGCUUGCUGGAUCAAGCCAGUGGCCCAUUUAGUUCCGCAUCUCACAGUGGCAAACCAGAUACUUAUGGGAAACCCCAGAGCUGGACAUGAGCACAACAACGUUCUGCCCACCUGUGAUUCUCAGCAAUUGGUAUUCAGAGACAUAGUGCAUUAGACAGUGGAGGCAGAACAUAGCCAUUGUGGCUUCCCAAAUGAGCCAAAUGCAAUGAGGCUCUUGGGCUGCCGGCUCCAAUCUUUCCUUCUAGCAUUUUCAUGCUGCAAUCCAAUAUGCACUUCACUUGGGAGUAAAUCUCACUGAAUUUAGUGGGACUUACUUCUGAGUAAACAUGCUUACAAUUGAACUGUUUGGGAGUAGUGACAGCUGUAGAAUAUUUGCAGGUUGGGGGAGGCAGUUUCAGAAUUUUUAUUUUGCUUUAUUUUUGGCAAGGAAUUAUGGUAGCAGGAAGAUAAUUAUUGGUAGGAAACUAUGACCGAAAGAGGUGUGCAAGCCUGACCUAUAGAAUCCUUUGCAUCCAGUACCAGCACAUUUUCACAUCUGUUGCCACAACGAGGACUAGAAACCUCAUUUAGAAACAAACAGCUAAAUAAGUCUGAAUGUGAGAUUUUCAGGAACACAGUUUCUUGUCUGUGGAAUCAAAUUAUAUAUACAACCGUUCAAUAAGCAUAAGACUGUGUUCCUUUUUAAAUUUUCUACUUUGAUAAUAUAAUAACACAACUCCUUUCUUGAUUUUCAAACCAAAUUAAGCCUGGUGUUCAACAUCCAUAUUGUUCUUUCUACCCUUUUUAUAGGACCUAGAACAGAAGUAUGGUAUUUUAUUUAUUUAUUUAUUUGUACCCCGCCCAUCUGGCUGGGUUUCCCCAGCCACUCUGGGCGGCUUCCACAGAGACCAAAAAUACACUAAAAUGUCACACAUUAAAAACUUCCCUGAACAGGGCUGCCUUAAGAUGUCUUCUGAAUGUCAGGUAGUUGUUUAUCGCUUUGACAUCUGAUGGGAGGGCGUUCCACAGGGCGGGCGCCACUACCGAGAAGGCCCUCUGCCUGGUUCCCUGUAGCUUUGCUUCUUGCAAUGAUGGAACCGCCAGAAGACCCUUGGCGCUGGACCUCAGCGUCCGGGCAGAACGAUGGGGGUGGAGACGCUCCUUUAGGUAUACUGGGCCGAGGCCGUUUAGGGCUUUAAAGGUCAACACCAACACUUUGAAUUGUGCUCAUUCUAUAUAUAAUGUACAAAUCUACUCCCCGUGCCUAUAUAGUGCAUUCUGAUUUUGGAAGGAUGUCGUGAAUACGGAAACAUAACUUUCUUUUUCCCUGUAUGGAAAAGUUUGUAAUUGCUGGAGUAAUUGCCCAAGAGAGCAGAUGCUUGUUGAUCUGUUCAACAGAUGUCUCAAAGCCUAAAUUAAUUGAGUGUCUCUCUUAAUUUUGAAAUUAAGAAUCAGCAAAUGCAUCUAAAGCAGUAAACUCUUGCUCAGUUCAACUGCUAGUCUGCAUUCACUGCAUUUAAUUAUCUUCAGAUGACUUUGGUUUGCAAUAUGUCCUGAGUGAUGGCAGCUUUAAUAACUCAACCUUUUGGGUCUACGUGAUACCAGGGAGGCCCAGUGAUUGAAUAAUCAUCCAUAAUAACACCAACACUGGGUCAGAAUACAAGGUUAAAUGUUGCUGCUGCAAUACAGCAUAUUAUUAUCAAAUAGCACUAUCAGUUUGCAUGGCGCUCUAUAGAAUACAAGUCCUCGCCCCAAAGAGCUUGCAAUUUAUGUUGUAAUUCAACACAGGGAAGGUGUGGAGUUAGGGGUCAACAGGAAAGCAGUGUGUUAUUGAGCCAGUUAAACAAAUUUAAGCUCAGUUACAGAAGGGCAUGGAAACUGGGAGAUGUGCUGAAGGGUUUUUUGUUUUUUUUGAAAAGAUGGGUUUUGAGGAGAGAUUUGAGGGAAGUAAGGGAGGUGGCAUCACACAGGUGUUCUAGGUGGUAGUUCCAAGUAUAUGGAGUAGCAAGGGACAAUGGACGAGUCCUUUGAGGGAGAAUGAGACCUUCUGUUGAUAGAGCUAGAGGAAUAAAGAUCACAGACAGUCAAGUCAUCAAGAUGGGAGAAAGUGGAGAUUUAGAAGAUGUUCAGUGUAAGUGUAUAUAGGUUUGCAGCCUUAGUCACUCAAACAAACUGGAAGAUAGUUUGGGUUAUCUUUUCAAAUAACUAAAUCUCUUUACUGUGGGGAAGAGUCCAUAUUUCAAAAUGGUGGGUGAAUAAUUCCUCCUCUGUGCACCUUUGAGACCUCCUACAUUUUGGCAUUGCAUCUUAUCACAUCUUUCUAAUGUUAAUUUUAUUAGUUUUAUAAUUCUCUUGGUGAGUUUAGAGCAGAUCGGACUUCCGGGGUGGCGCCAUCGGCAAUGGCAGACUGCCUCUGAUCUGGAGGGACUAGCUCCAUGCGAAACGGGUCUUUUCCGCUAUGGCGAAGCGGGGACCCUUUCAAAAAUCACAGGCGGAUGAAGCCUGUGACCAUGGGACUCGGCGGGCACCUUUAGCGCCCCCCCAACCCGCAAAGGAACCCACUAACGGGCUCCGGAGCGAAGAGGGGGAAGUGGCGUGGUGCUGAGAGUCAACUGCUUCUUCCGUGGAGCGAAGCCGCACAGCCGUUGCCGGAGAGCGCUGCCUUUUUCCUGGGCCAAUUUGGCUUCUAAAAUAAUCACCCGUGAGUACUUAAAUUUCGACAACUGGACUUUAAAUAAGGACUUGCGAGCAGAAAGGAAAAUUGGACUUAAAAGUUUACUUCAAUUUGGCACUGAAACGGGAAGGUCUAAACAGGAAGUCAGCCUUCCGUUUCUUUGUAGAUAGAUUAAAGCAAAGACAUGGCAAACUAGAGCUCAGAAAAUCGCUUGUAAAAGAUUAACUUUCAUCAUUUAAAAUUGUUGAACCCCCUUCGGAAGCAGGAGAAGAGGGGGGAUUUUUUCGGACUGUUUAAACCUGCAGAAGUGAGUGUAAAGUAAAGUAACUUUCCACCAUCUUGAUCCUGGAGCGGGGUGUCAGGACUGAUGUUUUUUGAAGCUCAUUGACCAGAGACAAACGUUUUUGACAGAUAGCUAAAAGAAGAGAAACAUAGUGACUCCAUUGUUCCCCUUCGCAUCUUAAAGGAACAAAUAUUGACAAAAUAUCUGAAAAAGGAAACUUUGUUGUUAGACUUGUUUUUAAAAGAAAGAACAAAUAGAAGUUUUCCCCCUAGUGGGAGACUGUGAAACUGUAACCAAUUCCGGGGAGCUUGCAGCUGUUACAGAUUACAAUCGUGGGAAUAGACUUCUGACCUUGCAGGACAAUGUAUUCAAAGCUCUGUUGUGUGCUCUCUGUAAAACAAAUGCCCUACUGGAACAGCUACAUGAGAAGACGGACUUGAUGACUGAUGCAAUCAGAAAUUUUGAACAGGAAGGUCAAAUGGCCGAAAUAUUGGGAAAUUUUGGAACAAGACGGAGAUAGACUGAAAUUGCAGAGUUUUGAAAAACUAAAAAACAAAGUGCGAGACUGGCUUCAUUAUUAUCAAAUAAUGGAGGUAUUUAAAUUGGACAUGAAAAUUGGCUUCCAGGUGGAAAGAUCCAAAUUAGAAACAGAAUUGUUAGAACCCAAUACUAAGAACUUGUCAAGAAUGUAUAACUUGCUGCUGAAAUGGAAUACUCAAGAUGAAACGGUAAAAUCGGCUAUGAUUAAAUGGGCACAGGACGUUGGCCAUAACAUUAUGUUUGCUGACUGGGAACAGUUAUGGACCACAGGUAUGAAAUUUACGGCAUGUAAUGCCUUAAGAGAGAAUGUUAUGAAAAUGAUAUACAGGUGGUACAUAACCCCAGUCAAGCUUGCGAAAAUCUAUCACUUGCCUGAUAACAAAUGUUGGAAAUGUAAAGAAACUGAAGGUACAUUUUUCACCUUUGGUGGACGUGCCCAAAGAUUAAGGCUUUCUGGGAAAUGAUAUAUAAUGAAUUAAAAAGGUAUUUAAGUAUACCUUCCCUAAGAAACCAGAGGCCUUUCUCCUGGGCAUAGUGGGCCAAAUGGUGUUAAAAAGGAUAGAACUUUCUUUAUGUAUGCAACAACAGCAGCAAGAAUACUCAUCGCAAAGUAUUGGAAGACACAAGAACUUCCCAUGCUGGAGGAAUGGCAGAUGAAACUUAUGGACUAUAUGGAAUUGGCGGAAGUGACUGGUAGAAUCCGUGACCAGGGAGAAGAGUCGAUGGAGGAAGACUGGAAGAAAUUCAAAGACUAUCUUCAGAAACACUGCAAAAUUAAGGAAUGUUAGAGUGAUGUUGGACUGAAAACAAGUGGUUUCCAGCUGUACAGGUUAAAGUUAAGGAUAGAUUAAGAUUAAAGAUCAAGAUUAAAGAUGUUUAAAGAAAUGGAAAUUUGAUAAUAAAAGGGAAAAAUUUAAAGUUAUAUGACAUUAAGAUCAAGGAUUAGGUUUAAAAAAGUUGAAGUUAUAUAUCUUAACGUUUUAUUAAAUUAAAGACCGAGAUUAAAAAAGUGGAAAAGAAACUGCUGGACAAACAAUGUAGAUUGGAAUACAAAAGAGGGAGGUAUGAGGAAGUCUAGAAAAUAAGUAAUUUAAAAUUGGAAAUGGAAAAGAGAGUUUGCCCAGAAUAAAAUUUAAGAUAUUAACUGACGCUAAGGAAAGAGGUGGAUUUGCCCUGCCAGACCUUAAACUUUAUUAUGAAUCAGCAGCUUUUUGCUGGCUGAAAGAAUGGCUACUUCUUGAAAACACAGACAUUUUGGAUUUAGAAGGUUUUAACAAUGUAUUUGGAUGGCAUGCAUAUUUAUGGUAUGAUAAGGUCAAAGCACACAAAGCAUUCAAAAAUCAUAUUGUUAGGAAAGCAUUGUUUAAUGUCUGGAUAAGAUACAAAGACUUAUUGGAAAAUAAAACCCCAAGGUGGCUGUCACCAAUGGAAGCAAAAGCUCUGAAAAGGCUCAAUAUGGAGGCCAAAUGGCCGACAUAUUGGGAAAUUUUGGAGCAAGAAGGAGAUAAAUUGAGACUGCAGAGUUUUGAAAAAUUAAAAAAUAAAGUGAGAGAUUGGCUCCACUACUAUCAGAUAAUGGAGGCAUAUAACUUGGAUAAGAAAAUAGGCUUCCAAGUGGAAAAGUCAAAAUUAGAAACAGAAUUGUUAGAACCCAAAACUAAAAAUUUGUCAAGAAUGUAUAACUUGCUGUUGAAAUGGAAUACUCAGGAUGAAACGGUGAAAUCUGCUAUGAUUAAAUGGGCACAAGAUGUUGGACAUAACAUUAUGUUCGCUGACUGGGAACAGUUAUGGACCACAGGUAUGAAGUUUACGGCAUGUAAUGCCUUAAGAGAGAAUAUUAUGAAAAUGAUAUACAGGUGGUACAUGACCCCAGUCAAGCUUGCAAAAAUUUAUCAUUUGCCCGAUAAUAAAUGUUGGAAAUGUAAAGAAACUGAAGGUACAUUCUUUCACCUUUGGUGGACGUGCCCAAAGAUUAAGGCUUUCUGGGAAAUGAUAUAUAAUGAACUGAAAAGGUAUUUAAAUAUACCUUUCUGAAGAAACCAGAGGCCUUUCUCUUGGGCAUUGUCGGCCAACUGGUGCCAAAGAAGGACAGAACCUUUUUCAUGUAUGCUACAACAGCAGCAAGAAUACUUAUCGCAAAGUAUUGGAAGACACAAGAUCUACCCACUUUGGAAGAAUGGCAGAUGAAGGUGAUUGACUACAUGGAAUUGGCGGAAAUGACUGGCAGAAUCCGAGACCAGGGAGAAGAGUCGGUGAAAGAAGAUUGGAAAAAAUUUAAGGACUAUUUACAGAAAUAUUGUAAAAUUAAGGAACUUUAGAAGGAUGUUGGAUAGAAAUUAAGAGGUUUUUAGCUGUAAUGCUUUAAGAGACAUGAAAAAAAAGGUUAACAAUUGGGUAAAAGAUUAAUGGUAAGGAUUUGCUGAACCAACAAACUGAAUUGGAAUACAAAGAAGGGAGGUAUGAGGAGGUCUGGGGAAAUAAGAGUAAGGAAGAUAGGUUAUGGAACAUCAUUGUGUUUUUAACUGUUUUAUUUUGUAUGUUUUUUCUUACUUUUUACUUUUUUGCUGUAAUUUAUACUUUUUUCUUUGUUUUCUGUAUUUUUGUGAAACUUUAAUAAAUAUCAUUUAAAAAAAAAAAGAGAGUUUGUUUUUAAUUGCUAUGUUUUGUGUUUUUAUUGUUAAGUUUUGUAUUGUUUUUUGUGUGUGUUGUUUCUUUUUUCUGUUUGUUUAAAACUUUAAUAAAAAAUUAUUAAAAAAACAAAACAAACAGAAAUUUUGAACAGGCAGUGGGAAAUUAUAUGGAGCCCACCCAGGAAUUAAAUCAGGAGUGUGCCCUGACAGAACAGAUGAGGGAAGAGGAUGUUGCUGAAUCUUGGGCGCCAGAGAUGGAGGGAGCUGUGGCCCUGCAGGAACAUGAGCUUUUGGAUUUGACAAAUGAACUUGGAAAAGCCAGAUUUGGAAAGAUAAAGUUUGGUCUGGUUUGGAAAUGGGGGGUUGGAUAGACCCCCCUAUGCAGGGAUGUUUGGACUUUUCAAGUCUGGCAAUGGGCCGUGAGAUGUUUGGGGUUGUGGGGGCUCUUAAUUUUGGAGGGAUUUUGAAACACGUUCUUAAAUACCACAUGGAGUUUAGUGUGGACUAUGGAAAAGGGGCUGAUUUGUCGAGAAGGGUCAAAAACAUUGUUAAGCUGGAGUUCCCACGAGUGAAAGGAGCAGGAGACAAAGGAAAAUACAGCUAUAAAUAUGAAGAAGAGCCGCGGAAGGGACAUGGAAGGGACUUAAGGGCCUCGGAUACAAGGUUACCAGGUUAAUGCACUAGAUUGAUGGGAUAAAAAGGACUGACAAAACCCGGGACCAGGAGGAAGGGACGCUGGAUGAAGAUUGGAUUGUUUUUAUUUCUUUUUUUUACUACUAGGAUUGUUUUAUAAAAUUGAUGAAUGUUAGAAAAAUGUUGGAACGAAAUUACUUGGCUUUAGUAAAAAUGUUUAAAGAAUUAUGUAAGAAUAUUAUGGUUAUGAGAAGUUGGUAAAUAUAAGAUUUAAGUUUUAAGAUUUAAGGUUCUUUAUAGUAAGAUAAGAUUAAAAUAGAUUAAGGUAAUGUAAUGACAGAAUAUUAUGAAGUAUGGAAAGGAUUUGCUGCGACAAUUAACAACUAGGAUACAAAAAAAGGGGGGAGGAGGUGGUCAAAGAAAGAAGGUAAUGACAGUUGAGGAUUUGAGAAUGAUGGAUUUGUUUUUGAGUGUUUGUGGUGUAUUUUUGUUUUUUGAAUUUGUAUUGUUUUUCUUUGUUUUUUCUUUCUCUUUUUCUGCUUUGUUCUCUUUUGUAAUUCUAAAAAAUUUUCAAUAAAUAUCAUUUUAAAAAAAAAAGAGCAGAUCUCAGAGGCUGAUUCACACAAGUAUAUAGACAUAACUUAUGGCAGCUGGAUGUGCACUACCUCCAUGUGGAGGGGUGCAAGAAAAGGAAAUUCUAUUAUGACGGGACAGUUGUGCCCAUGGAAUGCACUUUCUGUUCAUAGAGUGAGAACUUAAGGUCCAGACCACUAUGUUAUGUGAGCUGAAAAAACUGCCUUUGGUGUGUUGUUACUGACAGUCCUUUCCAUGUGGAAGUUAUUACUUGAUACAGGCAUCACAUGCUCAUCCUUCAGAUGAUAAAUCUGCUGAUCAUAGUUUAGAAGUUGGAAUGACACUUUACAGAGAAUCAUAGCUGUCAAAAUGCAGAUUUGAAAAUAAGGGACCAGCAGCCUCGAAAAUAAGGGAUCAGCAGCCAAAAUAAGGGAUUUUGCUUACCCGGCUCCUCACAAUGCGCCCCUGAGGGGGGAAAAGGAGAGACGGAGACGUGGCAGCUCGUGCGCGCUCUCUCACUCACGGUGGAGGACCCCGAGCCGCUGCUUCCCUCCCGAGCCAGGCGAGCAUGAAACCCGGGAAAAUUAAGGGACAUCAUCAAUAAGGGACAGCAGCGGGACACGGUGCUGGGAUAAGGGAGUUUCCCGCCAAAUAAGGGACGGUUGACAGCUAUGCAGAGAAUGUGAAGCUACCACCAAAAACAGCAGCUAUUGGCUUAGUUCUGCUCCAUUCUCUUUGUAAGCGUCUAGGUUCAGCUGUUCAUUUGUCAUGCUGUCAUUAAAAUGCGCAUUUCUCUACUUGUGCUUCACAUCAUUGGCUGUUGCUGGCAGGAACGAGUAAUGAACAUAUUGAAGUCAGGGUAUGGGGCAGUUUGAACUAAGCAUAAAGGAAAUAGAAACUUGACUUUGAGGUACUUCCAUUCUUAACAGCAAUCAAUGUUCUUUAUAAAGUGCAGUUUUGCCUUGAGUUUCAUGCCUUGAGCAUGAGAAGAUGGUUCCAUUAGCAAGAUCUUUGUCACUCACUGAUUAUCUCCUAAUCUCCCUGUUUAAACUCUCUCUGUUUGCUUGUCUCUGACAGUCAGUUUCUAUAUGGGGAAGUGGAGGGCGGAUAGAAAUGACACCAUCAAAUUUCAUGGCCCUCCAACGCGUUAUUCAGCCAGACUGGUUCCAGUGUCUAUCAGAUGGAGACACGGUUGGAGAAGGAAUAUCUAAGAAGAGGGCCAAGAAGUCUGUGGAUCGAUCCCUGUCCUUUUUGGAUGAGUGCCUCCAGUUGCAAGAUAAAUCUCCAGUAAGAGCUAAAUCUUUUUGAACCAUUUCAAGUCUCCCACAACAUGGGAGGUUUGGAGCAUGCGGUAUAUUGGCAAAAUAGCUAGAGUAGUUCUGAAGUCUGAUAUUUAUCGACAGAAUAGUCAAAAAGGUUCUCCCCUGCUCUAGUGAAUACAUUGAGGCACUAGUGUGUAGAACUGCUUCCCAAAAAUGAUAUUUGUUCUGCCAUUUAGGCCUUUACUUAAUUGGGAGCGGGGGAAUGAGCUUUUCUCUUAUGUUGGAAAAAACAAGUGUGAAAAGUUCUUUUAUUAUUCUGAUAGUUCUUCAUAAGGUAGUGGUAGCCAGGAGCUCUAUGGUUCCUUGGCAGUAGGAAACCAAUCUGCCACAGCCAGUAUUGACUUUUUCUUAAAAAGUACCAAUCUAGGGUGGAGAAUCAGCCUUAAAAUAUUCAGAACAGAGUCUCAGGCUAUUACAUUAUGUGUACUUAACUCUCAUUUAAGUACCAUGAAGUUAACUGAUGUCAAGAUAAGGGGACAAGGACAAGGACAGUGAUAUGGUAAUUAUUUUUUUCUGUGUCCCAGUUCAUUCAUUUAACCCUUAUACUCCACAAUGGCUUUUUUCUUUCUUUUUGGUAUCUGCCCCAAAUAAGGCUGGUGCAACAGGGUAGUCAGUUGUGUAAUCCUAACCAUGUCCAUUCAGAACGGACUCCUGUUGAAUUUAGUGGGGCUUCCUCCAGGCAAGUAGGGGUUAGGAUUGCAGGCUUAACUUACCUUCUCCAGCCAAAGGGUGUAUUUUUCUUACAUUUAUAACUUCCUUCCAAACUAGGAAUUGCAACAGAGCUUGAUAAUUGGAGUUGUUGAAGGUGGAGAUGUGUUGGAAGAGAGGCUCCGAUCUGCUAAAGAGACUGCCAAGAGACCGGUAGCUGGCUUCUUGCUGGAUGGCUUCCAAGGAAAUUCCAUGGCCUGGAAGACCAAACUGGAACUCUUGUCCGUGGUUACAGCAGAGUUACCGGAAGAUAAACCCAGGUCAGACCACAGUGUAAAUUUGAUCAAAAGCCGCAUAAUACAGAUACUUGGAAAGUUCCUGGCUGAUUAUAUCUCCAGACCACAACUGUUUUAUUUGCUGUUGAAAGUGAAUUUUUCAUAAAUUAUGGGAAGGGUGGGGCACUUCAGGCCAUGAAUCUAAUCAGGCCUUCCAGGCCUCCCUACCUGCCCUGAACCUUAUGAUGUACAUGUUAUCUUUUGUUUAUGUACCACUUUUUGGGUGGAUCUCACAAAACGGUUUAUGUAAGAUUAUUGCAGCAACCAUGAAUAUUGAUUUUAAAGAGUGGAAAUUGAAACCUUUGAUAUCAGGUGUGAGGCAGAUAAAGUCACAGCUGAGCCAAAAGGGGGUUUGCAGGCAGAUAGAAAUUAGCAUAUUUCAGAGAGAGGAAUUCUGAGUGCCGGAGGGGACUUGGCGAUUGACAUAAAUUUAGGCUACAAUUCAUCAUGAUUCAAGAGACAUUGUGUCCCUUUUCAGUGUCUCAUGGCAGGAAGUUUGGGCACCUCUCCCCACUGCUAAUGAACAAUUUCUGUCUUUUUUUCUGGUUUCAAGCUUUCAAAAUAAGCAAGUGGAGGAGUGUUGCUUUGUGUUUGCCUGUGGUUUGGAGAUCAGCAUUUCAUUGCAAUUAGGAAUUGCAAUAGCAGAGUACUACCGACUUUGUUAUCUCCGCUGGCUGUGGAAGAAAACCACCCCAAGAGCUUAUCAGAAUCAUUAAAAAUGCAAAAACUAUCCCUUGGCAGUAUAUUCUUUUAAUAAACUUCUUUCUUCCAUUGGGAGAUAACUGUUUUCAGCACUGGAAAACAGGCAGAGAUUUCAAAUGAGAUUAAAAAAAAGUUCAUAAAUUACUGGCAAAAUACUGCAAGAGAGGAGACAGAUUUUGUGGCUGUGUUCCGCAUUUUUCUGCUCCUUAAGGGCUGCAUUUGAGUAGUAUUGAAGGAAGAACUGGACCUUAAAAGAGUAGAAAAACAAUGUGGAAGGCACAAAAUGGCAGGGGAAUCAGCAGAGGUGUGAUGUCACUCCUAAUCAGUGGGAAGCUUCACAAGAAGCUUCCGUCCAUGGGCAAAGAGAGCAACUGUCACCUCUUCUUACCCAAGCCCUACAUUCCUUCCAUGCCUACCUGCCAGCUGCGUCAACUUUCUCUGCAAAAGUUGCCCUCCCCUCUCACUAUUGCAUUCAGCCUGGAAUGGAGAUGGCUGGAGUGAUAAAGGAAGAAAAUCUGCCUGUCAAACUUUGACAGACAUCAAGUUGUUUUUAAAUUGGGAGUAACCUUGAUUGCUGUUAGAAAGAUUGUUGUUAAGGAACUUCAAAUGUUAAUUGCUUGUAUAAUAGCUAUGUUAAAUGCAUAGCAUUUUCCUUUCCAGGGAGCAUAAAAAUAAACUCAGCUCAUGCUGUAAGUUUUCUAUGGCCUGGUCAAAAAAGUCAUUACUAAAGUGACAAUUUAUUAUGGUACUGUGCAUUUUUCUAGUCAUCUGCUAAAUUUAUUGACCUAGAUUGACUUGUACAAUUGUCAGCACAGCCAUUAUUCCUGAGGGAGAGAAAAACUGCUGUUUCUACACCUCCCCAGUUUUUGACAAAGCUGCCAGCUGAAUUUGUGGAGUCUAGCAUUGCUAUUACUAAUAAUAGCAUAUUAAGCAUGGGUGACUCCAUCUGCAUUUUUGAGCCCCAAGGGGAUAUUAUAGCUCUGGCUAAUGGCAAAAUGCUUUUAGGGAAAAAAUUACUUUUGGUGAAGAAGGCUCAUGUGAUCUGAAUGGCUUGAAGGAGAAUGUGUGCAAAAUGUCAGAAAUGCAAUUCAUAUUUUCUUGGGAUGGAGGCAUAUUAUUUAACCAGAGAAGUCCCAAAAGGAAAGUAAGUGUAUUUUACUUGCACCCUCGACUCCAAGAAGUACUAUUGGCUCCCAUUUCACAACAGUUUGGGACUGCCUACUACAGAGGGCCCUAAGGAUUCAAUCCUGCAGUCAGUGCUAAAACUAACUGGGUUAAGGUUACACACAACUAAAGCGACUUUAACUUAAUGGUUUUUGGUUUAGAUCAGUGAAUGUGUGUUUUGUGUUUGCUGACCAGUUUACACAAACAAAAACUCACAAUGAUGUUUUGUAAACCAGGGAUGCGAAAUUUGUGGCCCUCCAGAUAUUGUUGAACUACAGCUCCCAUUAUUCCUGACUGUUGCCUAUCCUGGCUUGAGCUGGUGGAAGUUGGAGUCCAACCACAUCUGGAGAGACACACAUCCCCCCAUCCCUGCCCUAAAUCAUGAGGCAACUGUAGCAAAAGCAAUCAAUCAAUGUGAAAUUAAACCAGGUAAAGGUAAAGGGACCCCUGACUAAGCCGCUUCUCGCGAACCAGAGCAGCGCAUGGAAACGGUGUUUACCUUCCCGCCAGAGCAGUACCUAUUUAUCUACUUGCACUUUGACGUGCUUUUGAACUGCUAGGUGGGCAGGAGCUGGGACCAAGCAACAGGCGCUCACCCCAUCGCAGGGAUUCGAACCACCGACCUGCUGAUCAGCAAGCCUUAGGCUCUGUGGUUUAACCCACAACGUCACCUGCGUCCCCUUAAAUCAGCAUGUGUGGGAAAUUGCAGCAUUUUCAGUAUCCAGGAGAGAUCAGCUAAAUAGAGAAACAAAUAAUAGUAUCUCCUCUGAUGUAACAUGAUUUUCAGGUCGCUAGAGCUGCCAGCAAGCUCUUUAUUAUAUUUCCUCUAUAACUGGGUAGAAGGUAACCCACUCAUAUGAACAAACUUAAUGUGAAUCCAAUAUUUAUAGGUAUUUAGAACUCUUAAAUAGUUUUUACUUUUUCUCCCAAUUGGAUUUAAUGCUGAAAAGGAAGGAGAACAUAAUUUAGAUUCUCACUUAUUAAAUUUUGACUAUUUGUAUUACUAUUUGAAACAAUACUGGUUUUGCCUUCAUUUCACCUUAAGAUAAAAGAUCCAGUGGAGAAAUUCCCUGUUCCAUUAUAUUAUAGAGAACAUCCUUCAGCCAUGUAUUUCUGUAUAAAUCUUGACAGAUCUCAGAGUGCUUACUGACUUCCUGAAAGCCAAAGCAGACUUUAUUACUUCUGGAAAACAGCAGUGCCCAAACCAUACAUGUUAUAGAUUUCAGUCCUAUUUUCAGGCAUAUUCCUGUAUUAACCACACCUGGGGACAUGGGUAUCACUCUGAAAAAGAAUGAGCAAGCUCUUUUACUCCUCUGCUGGUGCACUGUAUCCCUCUGAUUGCCUCAUAUAAGAUCCGGUUUUUUAAUUGGAACACCUACAGUGCUAUAUGCACUGAAUGAAAAGCUCUGUGAAAAAGAAUCUUCACAGAUUUCACAGAUCAGUCAAACUGCUAUGUGCUAAUUGAAGUUUACACUUUGCGACUGUUUUCCCCAUCUCCACCUGAAAGGGAGAACCAACUGUAUCCUGAGCUAAGACAAAGCAUACUAGCCCGCAGCUCAAAUAUUAGCAUGUGAACUCAAAUGAUUAAGAUAAAAAUUGCAAAGCAUUUUGGACUAUGAAAGGUGCUGCAGAAUGAUAAACAGUAGUCGUGAUAAUUCUUAUCAAUCCAAGUGUGUCUAGGGAAAGUGACUUUGUAAACUUUAAAUGCUGGUCUUGAAUUAAAUGAACGACUGCUCAAAGAAAAAGUACCUUUGAAUUGUUGGGGUACAAGUUAAUUUGAAAUGCGCUUUUAAUAUAUUGAACGUGUUGCAAACAGAAGAUAAUAUAUGUUGUACCUUGCCCCCUUCUAAAAAAAUGUGUGGAUUAAAAAUAUCAAUAAAUCAAUUUAGCAUAUUCAGCCAGUGUGUUAGCUGCUCUGUUCAGGAUGUUGCUGCCAAUCUAUAAAGGCCUAUACAGUAUACCUGAAGGUCCAGUAUACCUGAAGGAGCAUCUCCCCCCCCCCCCAUCGUUCUGCCUGGACACUGAGGUCCAGCGCCAAAGGCCUUCUGGCGGUUCCCUCACCACGAGAAGCGAAGUUACAGGGAACCAGGUAGAGGGCCUUCUUGGUAAUGGCUCCUGCCUUGUGGAACGCCCUGCCACCAGAUGUCAAAGGAAAAAACAACUACCAGACUUUUAGAGGACAUCUGAAGGCAGCCCUGUUUAGGGGAGCUUUUAAUAUCUGAAGGACUAUUGUAUUUUAAUAUUUUGUUGGAAGCCGCCCAGAGGUGGCUGGGGAAACCCAGCCAGAUGGGCGGGGUAUUAAUAAUAAUAAUAAUAAUAAUAAUAAUAAUAAUAGUAGUAGUAGUAGUAGUAGUAGUUUGGGUUUUGCAUGGCUUAAAAAGGUCUGUCCAUGUUUCUUCUUCCUGCUGUGAUGAUUUUGCAAAGCCAAAGCCUCCACACAGACUUAUUAGCUAUCAAGCCAGGUUCAAGGUUUUGCUGCUGACAUUUAGAGCCCAUUGAAACAACUUGGGACCAGGAUACCCGGCAGACUACUUCCCCUGAUACAGACUAAGCCAAUCUUAAAGAUAUGCAGAAACCCUGCUGGUCCUUCAAUAACCAGCAGAUAAUCACUUGGUGGCAUUGGGGAAGCAGGACUUCUUGGUGACGGCAUCCACAUUCCAGAAUACUCUUAUUUACCUGGAUUCUGACUUUUAAUUUUUAAUUGUUUGCUUUGUACACUGCUGAGUUUUAUUUGUGAUAUACAGUUGCAUUUUGGUCUUGUAUCCUUUUUAUGUAGCCUAGGAAAUUUUAUUGAAUGCUUGUCUUUUAGUUUUAAUGUGGAACGCUGAGAGACUUCUACAUUUAUGUUUUAUAAAUAAAUAAAAUUCAUCAUUAAGAUAUGUCAGGGAGGUAAAGCUCUUGGGCCUCUGUACAUCUGUUAUUGAAUUCAAGGCAAUGGCUUUUUGAGGGUGGCUCCAGGGAUUUUGGAAGAAGCUCUCUAAUGAAAUUCACCGAACUAACCCUACAGGCAUUUGGAAGCAAUAUGCCUGUUCAUGCAAGGCACUGAAAGUGCCAUUGUACUCAUCUCCUGCUUUUGGGCUUCCUAUAAGCAUCUAGUUGUCCACUGUGUUAACAGGAUGCUGGGCCAGAUGGCCCUUUGGCUUGAUCCAGCAGGGCUCUUCUUAUGUUCUGACAGCCUUUUUUGAAAGUGUUUUAUUCAGUACCCCAAAAGCUGGUUAUUUGAAAUAGGCUGUAUUUAUUAUAAGUAUUAUUGUUUACUGUAACUGAAUUUUGUUAUAUUAAAGGGAACCCUCUUGGAAUUUUAAGGUAAAAUUGGUGUAUGUGUGUGUGUGUAAUUAAUAGAUUCCAAUAAACUAAAUAACCUUUUGCCACUAUGUCUUCUGCAGACUGAUUCAUGGAAUUGGCAGGCCAGAUGAGGUGCUGGACUGCAUUGAGAGAGGCGUAGAUGUUUUUGAGAGUUCUUUCCCUUACCAAGUGACAGAACGGGGCAGUGCUUUGUCCUUCAGUUAUAAUUAUAAACCAGAUCCUGAAACAGCAGGUAUUUGUCUUUAUGGACUUCUUUUGUGUGAAUACUGGAAUAGUGGCUGCAUUACUUUUUUAGUUCUUAGAAAUAGAUAUACACUAUUAAUCACCUCCUUAUUAUCUGUAGCUCAUUUGACAUCAGAAAAACAAUGAACUGGUUAUAACACAAAAAAUGCUAUUUUCAGAUGAUGCUUGACUAUUUUUUAUUAGGUAUAGCGUUCCUUAUGGUCUAUAUAUGUUGCUGAGGCUUAGGAUAGUUAGUGUUUUGCAGUGGAAAAUUACAGUAAUUCUUCUCUUCAGUCUCAUCCAGCUAGUAAUGAAGAAAUCAAACCAUGACUUUAAGGAGCUCUUUUUCCGCUUCACCUUGCUAAUUAUUAUUAUUAUUAAUAAUUAUUUAUACCCUGCCCAUCUGGCUGAGUUUCCCCAGCCACUCUGGGCGGCUCCCAAUUGAGUGUUAAAAACAAUACAGCAUUAAAUAUUAAAAACUUCCCUAAACAGGGCUACCUUCAGGUGUCUUUUAAAAAUAGGAUGAUGAUGAUGAUAAUAAUAAAAUUUAUUGUUUAUACCCCGCCCAUCUGGCUGGGUUUCCCAGACAGUAAAUAGCCCUGGUUAACUCCGCAUUCCAGCGGGCCACCAGGGAAUCAGCUGAAAGGCCAUCAACACGGGAUAAAACAUCCCCUACCACUCUCUGGAAGCCAUGGAUCCAUUAAGUGGUGGGAGUGGACCAUCCGAAUUGGUCCCACCUCUCUGCAGAGGGGAAGGGUCAUGGAGAAGUCCAGUUGCACCAGGAAGUGAUCUGACCCUGGCACUUCUUUUGUUUCGCUUUUACUUAGUGUCAGAUCACCAACAUCCGUAGAGGUAAACACCAGGUCUAAGGCAUGUCCGUGGUUAUGAGUUGGGCCAAACUUAUUCAGGGACAGCCCCUUGGAGUCCAUGCUUUCCACGAAGUCCCGAGCGGCCCCUAGUAAGUUUGUGUCGGCAUGGGUGUUAAAAUCCCCCAGGACAACCAAAGUAGGUGUCUCCAGGAGCACAUCCGCCACAACCUGAAGCAGCUCGGGCAGGGAAUCCUUGGUGCAACGGGGAGGUCGGUACACCAAAAGGAAUCCUGUACUGCCCUCCCUAAAAGGUUGCAUAUGUUAUUAAACUUGCUUGUAUGUUGUGUUGUUUUGUUUCCAUCAAAACAGAAGUUCCUUAGAUUAUGAAGGACGUUUAGGGACUGUACUUUUUCUUAAUCAAAAGAUUUCAAACAGGGCUGUCAUUCACAGACAGGGCAAGUGUGAAAAUGUAGUCCCCAAAAGGAGCAGCAGAUGGCUUUCUUAAUGGGUUCAGGGUUGAGGGUUUGUUUCAUGCUUUGGCAACUUUGAGCAGACAAGUAUAUCUUUUAUCACAUUUUCCAGAAACCUUACUUACAAUGUGACAAGUCAUAUAGAAUUAAAGGUGCAAAGGGGAAACACUCUGCUCCUUUUUCUCAUUGAAUAAGAAGCUUUAGAGUCUCUCUGUGCUUCCUGGUAACUUGUUUGGAAAUAGAAGAUAGUCUUUUAUUUAUAAAAGAAAUAAACCCACAACAAUACCUAGUCUCGUUUCAGAAUUUCCAAAGGAUGAAUAGUCUUCACAUGCAUCAUAGACCAUUUCUCCACCCCAGUGAUUUUAUGAACAUUUCAGUGUGCUGAGAACUUACAGAUGGUAUCCUUAUGAGUCUCUCUUUACUACUGUGACAGUCUAAACAUUCUGACUGAAAUUCUUUCAAGAAGCUGUCAGGCUGUCAGGUCAAAUGUGGAGUGUGGAUCAGAUGCAGGUCACUUGUGAACUCCACCCAAAUAAAAACAAGCUAUUGAAUUUGGUGACUUCACAGUGUGCAAAAUGCAGUUCAGGCAGGAUUGAAUUUUAUGGUUAUUUAAGAAUGGGAAAGGGAAGGCAGCUGAGCAACAGCAACUAAAAUGAAAGCAAUUUGAGCUUCAAGUCCCCAUCAGAUUAGUUGGCUCCCUUCUACCUCUAGAGUCUUGUCACUUUUUUUUUACUACCUCUACUAUAUCAUGAUUACCUUUUAAACAUUUUAAAUGCCCAUGUGGGUUUUAAUGAGAGAGUCAUCUUGAAGUGUUUGAGAGGGGAUAUUUUUUAAUAUUUAUUUAACCUUAUUAAUGAAAUACUUUGUACUUCAUUGCAGUCUUAAAAGAGAAAGGGCAAAAAGAUAUGAGGAGAAAAGAGGAUGAAAAAACAGACAAUGAAACAAUCCACACAUCUCAAGAAAUUGCUUCAUUUGAAAUAAAUUUGAAAGAAAAAAGGUAUGUUGGUUUAAGAGUUUAGUUUGAAAUGUCAGCUUCUGCCAUGGACUACUUGUCUUGUUGCUUAAGGGAGAAGUUCUGCAUUUACCUGGAAAUAAACCCUACUGAACAUGGUGGGGCUCGUUCUAAGUAAAUAUGCUCUUGUUGGCAAAGUUCUGAGUCCAUUUAAGUUUAUGCAAUAAGUAACUCAAGUAUUCCACUGUUCGGAGGUUUUGCUAUUGGGAAUGAGAAGCAGCAGACUGAAAUCACUCAAGCGUCAAACGAACAUGUUAGUAUUAUUGUAUCUCAACCAUUAAUGGACAAUUAUAACAAUUAAUAAAUAACCACCCCACAAUGUCCAAACGCCAAACUAAUCCUGGUUACAGGGAACCAGGCAGAGGGCCUUCUCGGUAGUGGCACCCACCCUGUGGAACGCCCUCCCACCAGAUGUCAAAGAGAACAACUACUACCAGACUUUUAGAAGACAUCUGAAGGCAGCCCUGUUUAGGGAAGCUUUUAUUGUUUGAUGCAUUACUGUAUUUUAAUAUUUUGUUGGAAGCCGCCCAGAGUGGCUGGGGAAGCCCAGCCAGAUGGGCGGGGUAUAUAUAAUAAAUUAUUAUUAUUAUUACUACUCAGUUUCCUGGGUAGAUGAGUCAGCAGUAUCAGAUAAGAUAAUUAUCAUUAUCAUUUGUUAUGCACUUAAUAAAAACAUAUCAAAGCAACUUCACAAGAUAAAAUACAAACAGAUAAAAUUAAUUAAAAGCUAAGAAAUUAACAAAAAGUACGUAAUAUAAAAUUCCUAAAAUGCUCAUCCACGAACACAGCAAAAAGGACAAGUCCUACCCCACCCUGCUAAAAUUUCAGCACCACAGUACGGGCUAGCUUAACUGCCAGUGCUGCUGUUAGGGUAGCAGUUUCUGAGUCUGAUCUUUCAACUUGUCAGAGUUUGCUUUACUUUCUAACCGCUUCCUUCUAUUCUUUCCUUUUCCUUCUUUGCCAGGUAUUCAGCUUUUCAUCACUCUCUUGUGCUCCUUGUCGAUUAUUUCCCCUAUCCCCUUCAUGCCCUUAUUUCCUUAACUGACUCUCGCUCCCUUUUCUCAUAUUCAAAGAGCUUAGGAACAGGCAUUACGGGAGCCAUGAUUGGCACAUGAUGUUACAGGUGGCCAAUGAUUAGAAAACAUCCAGAAUACCAGGGAUGUAUACAUUCUAAAACCAACCAUUGUAUAGUAAACUUACGCCCUCUUGAGUUGGAAAAAAUGUUGAAAAAAUACAUCUCUUUUAGCAGAUAUGUUACUAAAUGCUUUUGAUGCUUUACACAUCUGUAUGCACGUCCUGGCUCCAUUUAGUGCAGGGAAAAUUAGUUUCUUGUCAACAUUUUAAAAAUUAAAUAGAAAUUAUUAUUGCCUUUAUUUUUCAUGCUGUGCUUGGGACAGGCUAGAGGGAUUAACUUAUAUUUUGUGAAAACUAUCAAACCGUAAAGGAACUUGAAAACUCUUGGCUGUCCACCCACACCAGAAAUUAUUGGGCUUCUAAGUUUUUGUUGACAGCAAAGCUCCAGGGUGCCUCUUGCCAAGGUGGUGCUUCUGUAGCUCUGCCUUAUUAUUGUGGUGUAUGGGUCUCCUGCUGUGUCCUGUAAUGGAAUGCAGAGAGCAGAUAGAUAGCAGCAUUAUCUUGAUGAAGAAAAGCAUGAGCCUGCCAUUCACCUUGAAAGUUCAUCCUGCCAUAGUAAUUGAAACCAUAGCCAUUACGUUUUAAGGUUAGGGUGGGGCAAGGCAGUAUUCAUUGUCAGGCUCCAGCUGAGAAUCCCUACACCCACCCUGAUAACUCAUCUGCUAGCGGGUAUUAGAAAAAUACUUUGACACCCAGGUGAUAACUCCAUCCUUAGUUUCCAUAGAAUAUGCUGGUGCUUUUUCGAUUGUUAGCCCCUUGGGACAAUAAUCUGUCCUCUUAUUCUUUGUAGUGUACUCUGUGUAUAGAAUACUUUUUGCUUUGCAAUCAGACAGCGUCUCACAAUGAGUGAUUAGUGGGUGCCUCAUUGUGCCCAAUGUGUAGGGGUUUUUUUAAUUGUGGGAGGGUUGCUUUAUUUUUAUUAAGUGCUAAUAUCUUCUCAUUUUCUUACUUAGGUACCAGGAUGACUUUGGCCCUUUAGUGAAUGGAUGCUUGUGCUACUGCUGCCAGAAUCAUAGUCGUGCCUACGUUCAUCACCUUCUUGAGACCAAAGAGUUGCUAGCUGGUGUGCUGCUUAUGAUGCAUAACUUUCAGCACUAUUUCGGUUUCUUCUGUUCUGUGCGAGAUGCUCUGAAAGAAGACCAGCUGGAUCGAUUGAGAGAGAUUGUCAGCAUGCAAGCACCUUGAGGCUAGAAAUACAUAAAUAGUAAAGGGAGAAAAGAACCCAUGAAGCAACAAGCUCCAUAUUUUGGCUACCAUUAAUCUCAUGUCAUCUGAAGCUCAGGCCUUCUGGAAUCUUUUCCCCAUUAGCCAACCAGUUAUAGCAAGGACAGCCUGAUGUUGUUGGACUACAACUUACAGCAUCCCUACCAUUGACCAUGCUGAUGGGAGCUGGCAUCCCAACAACAACCUCAAGGCACUACCUUGACUACCUCUGGGUUAAAGGAACCAGAACACAAAGGAGGAGAUCACAUUUCUAGAGAUACCCAUUCAUUAUGUUUAUCAUCAUGACUUGUGUCUGUAAUCCUCAGGAAUCCUAAGAGCACUAGAGCUGAAGAAAAGACUAUAAACUGCCGCAUAAAUCAUGUUUAAAAUGUCAGCUUGCAUUGUGGGCUCUGACUUCAUCCUCAUAACCAGCUAAUAUCAGCCCAUUUGGGCUUUUAUUUAAAAUGCCUCUGGGAAGAAGAUGAAACAUAGCAAAAAUGACUCUUUGCAACUCUUUGACCUCUGGCUUGCUGGGCACACAGGUAAUGUUUUGCAAGUGAGACCAAUCCCCACAGUAUUUCAUAGACUUGCACAGUGCAGAUCCCUUACUAUGGCUUGUCUGUUUCAUUCCAUGGUUUUGAUAAAAAGUCCCCAGAACAACAGCUGUUCUAACUUCAUGGAUUUUAAUACGCUUUAAAAAAUUUUCCUCUUGCAGAUUCCAUUCUCCCUCCCUGAUUUGUGGCUGGCAAGGGGCAUGCCUUGAUUAAUGUAGCUUCACAAUUGUUAAUGUGUGGUAGUGCUUUGAUGAUAACAUAGGACAUGGGUGCCAACACAUGUUGGGCUUCUGUAUCUUCUUGAGUUCAGUCGUGCUUUUUCAUUGAGUGGAGUAUUUAAGCGUAUUAUUAUUAUUAUUAAUGAGAAACAUCAGUAAGACACUUGUACAUAUUUUUGUAUUACUUCUGGGUAAGGCUGUUGCAUAGAAGAGCAUAGGCAUUGAAACACAUGGGGCCUUAUCUGGAGAUCUUUGCAUGUACUGGUGGCAUAUUGUCCUGUAACUAUGCAUGAAAGAUCAGGGUGUGUUCCCUCAGCAGUAUAAUCAGCUUUGCAAAAACUAAGUGCUUGUGUGAAAGAAUGGGAGGACUUACAGCGGUGACCGUUUUCUAAGGCAGGUGACUGGAAUCUGAUCCAUCACAUAUUGUUAGAUCUCCAAGAAAGGAUACUGCCAUGCUGACCAGAGAAGAAUGGCAGAUCAAGUUGAUGGAUUAUGCUGAAAUGACUAAAAUGACCAGAAGAAUCAGAAAUCAGGAAGACCAACAUUUUAAUAAAGAAUGGGGAAAAUUUAUAACUUACCUUAAAGACAAUUGUGAACAGCUAAAAUUGUUAGUAGGAUUGGAAUAUCACUUGUAGUUUAAUGGUGAAUUUUGGAUGCAAUGAAGAGAGAAAAUAUUUGAAUCAUUAUAAAAGAUGCAGGAGGAAAUUAUUAACAGUAGGACCCACAAAGGAGAGGGGGGAAGUCCAAGAGAUUCCGCGGAAUCUUGUUUUUAUAUAUGUUGGAUAUCUGACUGUAAACUUUUAAUCUGAAAAACCAAAUAAACAAAUUUCUAUUAAAGAAAAGGACACUGCCAUGCUGAAUUGGAAGGUGGGGAAGGUGCUAAAGUUCUGUCUUUUGCUAACUGCAACUAUCAAAAUCUUUUAAUAAUAAACAAAACAUUUUUUUAUUUUUUGUCA